GACAUGUCGACAGAGGACGAGCGCAGAGAUGGCCAAGAAGCGCAAGAGCACGGCAGCUGACCAGGCAGUAGCACCUGCAGUCAGAGAUGGAGCCUCUCCGCCUAUGCCUAUUCUCGCACCGACGACAGAGACCGAAGACCGAUACACCCGUCUCAUCGUCGGCCAAUCCGCUUUCCUCUUCUACACGGCCUUUCUGCUCCCAAGAAGCCGAGGAGCGGGGCUGCCAAGCUCGCUUGCCAACCUCAUUGAACCCUAUGUUGAGCCGAGUCGUACACUGGACAGCAUGAUUUGGUCCAUUGCCGGCUGUGCCGUUGUUCAGUCUGCUUUCAGCUGGUUCGUAGCUCGCUGGCGGACUCAGGAGAUACAAGCGCUAGAGGCAGCUCAAGCGGGAGCGCGCGCACCAGUCAAACCGUCGAGCGUACUUCAGAGGCUUGCUAGGAUUAUCGAAUCAGCAGCAACAAUAAUUGUCGCCUCUCUGGUCAUUCACGUCAUCAUCUUCCUACUCGGCGCGCCUUUGCUUCGGAAACUACAAUAUACAUAUUUGCUUUCGUUGCAGAUCAGCGUACUUGCUGUCUCGCCCCUGGCGGCCGCGGUGUCGCUGCGUACGACCGCAGGACGAUGGACAUGGAUCAGACUGAUCUCGCUCUUCGAUCCUCGAACAGAGACGGACAUUGCUAUUCUCGCGCCCAUGACGGGCACCGUCGUCGGUGCUUGGCUCGGAGCAAUUCCCAUACCACUCGACUGGGAUCGACCAUGGCAGUCAUGGCCCAUCACGCCUUUGCUGGGCUGUUUCGUCGGACACUUUGUAGGAUCAUUCGUCGGUCUUGCGAUAUGUCUCGUCAGGAGAGCCGUCAUCGACGAAGCUAGAGAACUGCAGGCGCAGCGAGCGAAAGCGCAAUGACACUCGGCCCGCGCGAAAAGCGAUCUAAACCAGAUCAUGUGAGCCAAUCGGGGUCACAGCUUUCUGACAGUCAGCGGCAUGACGGCUGCGUGCAAAGUAUAAGACGACUUUUCGUCGUGUGUAAGUGCGGAACUGUCAAGUAGCUAAACACCACACGCGAUGCUUUCAAGACGAGUGCAUUAAGCUGCGUAUACCGAACGAGCAAGACUUUCAUCGUUGUGUAUGCCGCGGAUCGGUCACCAGCCAUUGCAACGUGCCUGUCGUCUCGCAAGCUUGCCAUUGAGGGUCGCUCGGUGGAAUGUAAUCUGGCGGACACUUUCUGUACCCAUCAUCGGGGCGCCACGCAGCCCGGCAUUG